AUGUCUUCUGAAAAACCGGCUCUCAAGCCGAAACCAAAGAUACCGCCUCCGGUGAAGGCUAAGAAACCGCAGCUGGCAGCAACGGCCUUGCUGGACUCGAAGUCCCCAGUGAACGCGUCAUCGGCGGUGAAAAGUAAUCUCACCAAGACGGUGUCUCAAACGUCUGAAAAAUCAACGUCUCCGCAGUCUCCAAAACCUGAGUCUUCGACAACCGAGCUGUACACUGCUACUGUGUCCAAGUUUCCGCCGCCGCCUGUCCAUGUCCUCCGCAAUAAGGCACAGGCCUCGGUUGCAAUUGACAAAUCAUCUCCGGCCGCUUCCAGUCCUGAGCAAAAACCCACAUCUCCUGUUUCUUCCCAGAGCCCUGUCUCUUCAGACGACGAGGAUGCACCUCCACUUCCAUUGCGUCCUUCGCGUACGGAAUCGGUGUCAUCGGUGGAAGAGGAAGAUGCUCCUCCGCUUCCUAGACGGCCUACAGCCUCUGCCAAAUCUGCCCUGGUCGACGAAAUCGAGUCCAAACUUCAGCCCCCAAGGCCCGAGAGAUUCCAGAAACACUCGUCUCCAGACUCGGAGAAACCGAGACCCCCAAGGCCUGGUAAACCGUCUCUCAAUCUCAAGCCGAACACAGACUCGUUCUCCAGGAAUAUUUCGUCCGACCUGGAGAAAUUGAGCAUUUCUAGCUCCAAGCCUCUGCUCUCUCCUCCAAAUCCACCUAAAUCUCGUUCCCCGGCCCAUUCGUCGGGGACGUCGACUCCACCGUCUCCUCCAAAACCUCGCACAAAGCCAUCUGCUCCUCCACCACGCUCUGGACUAAGAACAAAUUGGAAGGCCCCUGAUCUGAAUUUGGAAUUGUCAACAGGGUGGUUCGCCAAAGACGAUUUCGAAAACCAUCUACCUACUGACCUGAAAGGCCUAGACUACGCUACAUCGUUUGGCUACAACUCGAAAGAGUUCUUCAGAGUCGUCGUGUUCCGCAACAAAGACCUUUCCACCAUCAAGCUCAGGUUCACGUGGCCGAAAUCAGGAGAUCCGGGUGUUUCCGUCGAGCACGAAAUCAAGUUUGUGCCUCCGCCGCAGGCUACUAAAGCACAGCUCGAAGAAGGAGCUUCGCUGUAUGGCGAACAUGUGGCAGGAUGGACAGAGGCGCACAAGGGCAAGAAAGUGGGUGACGGAGAGUGUUGGACUCUUGCGCAUGACGCCUUGCAACGGGGCUGUGGCAAGCACGCGUUCGUCUCUUCUGGCCUCGUUCAUGGUGCUCUUCUGUCCACCAUCACGGGGAAAAAGGGCGGACCUGAAGUUCGCAAAGAACCAGUCUCCGACACAGUCAAAAGAGGCGAUAUAUUGCAGUUCGCUAACUGCUGUUUCCGGUACCCAAACAAGGCACUGUUUUAUGGUUCGCCAGACCACACUUCGAUUGUUGGUCACGUGACGGGCUCCACGGAGCUACCUAGAUUGCAGGUGUUGCACCAGAACGUGAAUGGCGAGAAGAUAGUGAUUGAGGAGUCCAUCGAUCUGGACAUGCUCGUCGAAGGCAGUGUCAAAGUCUAUAGACCGAUUGGCGCAGGCUGGAUCUCUGAGCUAUCUCCUAUGUGGUGA